AUGUGGGACCAGGGCACCCGAGCCAGCUUGGAGCAGGCGGCCCGCGCCAGCCUCAGCCUCCAGAGCCUGCGUGCCAAGAGUGCCUGGCCCGAGGGAAGAGAGCGACGGACGGAAGAUUCGGAUCCCUGGGCUGCGUAUUUCAACCCGGAGCUCCGAACUAGCAAGGAGGAGGCUAUGCCGGUCUGGGGCAAGCUGCCCUUACGGCUAAAGCGCGAGCGAAGUCAGAGGCCUGUGAAGGAGGGCGCGGCGGAGCUCACCACUGGGCAUAUCCCCGUCCUACGGGAUGAAUCCAUCAACUGCCUCCUCGGGGGCCCCGAUGCAACCGAUGGCUUCUAUGCCGAUGGCACCUUCGGCCGGGGUGGGCACUCCACGGAGAUUUUGCGUCGGUUGUCCGGAACAGGUCGACUUUGGUCCUUCGACGUGGACCCGAAUGCGAUUGCAGUGGGCCGGAAGCUCGAAGAGCUCGACGAGCGCUUUUCGAUGAUCCAUCGGCCCUUUGCGGAUGUCCAUAAAAGCCUUCCUGAUGGGCUAGAGCUGUCUGGGAUGCUUCUAGACAUUGGCUUCUCUUCGCCUCAGGUUGACGAUGGGGGCCGUGGCUGGAGCUGCUACCAGGAUGGCCCACUCGACCUUCGCAUGAAUUUCAAGGCAGGGAUACCUGCCUGGAAGUGGCUGCAGACGGCCACCCCUGCCGAGUUGGCAUGGGUGGUCUACGAGAACGGGGAGGAUGACGACCCGAUCCUUUGCCACCGGAUUGCUGAGGCGGCCCUCGAGCGGCAGCGGCGUUGCGGCCCGUACACCUCCACGCUCGAGCUCUCCACCUGCAUACAAGAAGAUCAGAAAGACUUGAAGGAGGGAUUUCAUGUUCAGAUCCCGGAGCUGCCACAAGUCGAGUUUGGGGGCAACGGCCAUCUUCCGAUUCUGCCAUCUGCAGCUCCUUCCCGGCUUCUACCAGAGGGCUUUAACCUCCCGAAGACAGAGCUCUUCUGGACCAAUCAACGUGGGCACAAGCUCCACAUCCGCCACUUUGAGCACGAGAACCCCUUGGCGCUGGUGGUUCUCGUUCAUGGCUAUGGCGCUCAUAUGAACAGCCCGCAUGUGUACCAGACAUCCUGUCUAUACGCGAAGUCCCUGGAGGCAGAGAUCAUGACCUUUGACAUGCAGGGCCAUGGCUACUCGGAAGGGCCGCGUGGUGCCGUGGCCAGUUUCGAUGACAUGGCCGAGGACGUAGAGUCCUUCAUGCGGCUGAUCUACACUGCGAGAGAGACCAAGGGCAAAGACUUUCACCUUUGCCCAUCAGACGCUCUUCAAAGGAUGCAAAAGCUUCCCUUCGUUUUGGGUGGUGAAAGCAUGGGAGCCGCUGUUGUUCUUCUUGCAGGCUUGCGCCUGCAGGGGAAGCCCAUCCCAGACGGGUGCUUCGGUGGGGCCAUCCUUCCUGCCCCCGCAGUGCGGGACCCGAGCACAGGCAAGGGCCCUACGCUGCUCACGCGUUCACUCUGCUCAUUGGUGAAGUUGUCCCCCGCUUUGGGUGAAGUCGGGGUGCCGAAAGCAUUUCUCCCCAAAUUCACGGGAGCAGCGAUUUUCGAAGAUGCCGCUUUGGCAGAGCACUUUGAUCGUGACAACAGCGGAUCUCAGUCAGGAUCUCUCGGAUUUCUACACGCGCCCAUGAACGCACGGACCGGCACGGCUUUCGUGGAGAUGUUCCAGAAGAUGCCUAUGGUGCUGCCCCUGGUGAAAUUCCCAGUCCUCAUCUUCCAUGAUCCGACCGACUCCAUCAUUUCCUUCCAUAAUGCCGAGUGGAUCUCGGAGCUCAUUGCGAGCACAGAUAAGAAGCUGGUACCAAUUCCUGGAGGCUUGCACGCACCGCAUUUCAACAGACUUGACGUGGUGCUGCCUCACUUCCGCGACUUCUUGCUGAGACAGGUGAAGAAGGAGACUCCAUCGGAGUCCGCUCUGGCAGAAGAAGGCCGUGCCAGUCAAGGUGCAGAUGCUGAGACGGUUUUGAUCAACGCCAUGUCCAAGUGGCCAGCACGAGAAAGGACUGCUCCUGAGGUGUCCUUGCUCUUCUUGCUUGCCUAUGCGGUCUGCUGUACUUCGCCAUUGUGGGUUUGGGCUCUGGGCGAAGGUUGGGCAGGCAUUUCCGUGCUAGCUGUCCUCGAGGCCACACUGUUCCUUCUCUUCGCGUGCACUCUGCUGGCCGCCAUGCGGAUGACUCGGCUUCUGCGUGCAAGCAACCAAAGGGCGGCCUCCCCCACGCAGAGCCCGGAGGUUGCUACCUGGCAGCACCUGGUGUGCGUGCCUGUUUACAACGAGCCAGACGAGGUGGUGCUGGCGACGCUGACCGGACUGAACAAGUCUGCAGCCGCCCCUCGAAUGCGGGUUGUCUUAGCCAUGGAGGAGGCCACUGACAGAGUUGACGAGCGCUUUGAGCGCUACAGACAAUGCCUAUGGCGCGUCCCGGAGGUCUGCCACUACGUGCACCCUGUUGGGUCGGUGCAAGGUGAAGUCCGAGGUUUGUGUUCCAACCUGGCACAUGCCAUGUCCGUUGAUGUCCCUAAGCUGGUUCAUCGGUGCAACGGCAAUGUGGAGGCGUUGUCCAGCUAUGUGUUCACCAAACUCGAUUCCCAAGUGCAUCUCCCGCCGAACUACUUCGAAGAGUUGGAGAUGUCUUGCCAGCGAGUGGGUAGCGAGGCCGUUGUAUUUCAGCCUCUCCCGGUCAAUUUUGUGAACCGACACCUUAGUCAUGGCCCCAUGCGGGCCAUUGCAGCUGCUCGGACUUUCUCCUACCCGAUUCUUUUUGCCUUGAACCUUAUGACUGUCACCUGCUACAGUGUGCCACUGCUGCAGUACAUGAAGAUGGGCUUGACUCAUGCUGGCUAUCUUGGUGAGGACAUGAUGAUGCUGGCUCAGGCGGCCUCAUCAGGUGGUGGCCGGGCUCGUAUUGUCGUGCUUCCUGUCCUGGUGGGGGUUGCACCCCCUGUGGGCACUACAUUGUGUGAGGCUAUGAGGGCAGCAGCCCAGCAGAGUUUGCGCUGGGCUGGUCAAUCGGCAGAAGUGGCCGAAUUCUGUUGGCGGUUCAAGGCUUUCGGGAGCGCUUGUCGAAAUCGGUGGUGGCUGCUGAAAUACUGGCUGAUACGGUGCUGGCUUUGUUCUGGCAUAGGGCUUUUCAGCUUCCUCCUUCUCCUGGCCGCCUACACUUUUGGUUCCAACCUACCUGACGAGCAAGCAACAGUUCUCUCCAUUAUGGAGAAGAGCAUGUCCGCACUGGUACUGACGCUCACCUUGGUGAUGCCCUUCUAUGAGCAGUACCUUGCAUCACUUGUGCUAGAUAGCACCUUGUCCGCUCCGUGGGGCCAACUUCCUGGGACCCUCUUUGGAGCUCCUGUUGGUUUUCCAUUCAGUUUUGCUUGCGACCUGCUGGCUUGGAUCAAGCUCCUAGCCUUUGGCAAGCAUGCAAUAGCAUCCUCAUCCCGAAAGAAGGUGGCUGCAUCAAAGCAGACACCUCCAUUCUCAGACGUUGGUCCAUCCACUCUUUGA